AAAAGUAUAAUAACUCCUUGUGGAGCAUGUCGUCAGGUCUUAAGAGAGUUUGGGAAGGAUUGGUUAGUGUACAUGACGAAGCCAGAUUGUACCUACAUUGUUAAAACUGUGGACGAACUCUUACCACUUGGUUUCGGUGGCGACGAUUUAGACGAACACCAGCAGCAAGGGCAGUGA